AUGAAGGAGGAAGUCGUCACGACUCACUUCUCCGCGGACGAGCUCCAUGAGGACGUCGACCUCAUCCGCCGCGCACAGCAGGCCGACGAGGCCGACCGCAAGCUCACGAUCAAGCAAGCUCUCAGGAAGUAUCCCAAGGCCAUUGCGUGGUCGUUGUUCCUGUCGCUCGCUCUUGUGAUGGACGGAUACGAUGUCGUCGUCAUCAAUUCGUUCUUUGGCCAGAGCCAGUUCUCGCAGCGCUUCGGCGACGUGGGCGAGGGCGCAGACAAGAAAAUCAGUGCCAAGUGGCAGUCGGGUCUUUCAAACUCGAGUGUCGUCGGUCAGAUUCUUGGUCUCUGCGCGAACGCCUACACCCAGGACCGCUUCGGAAACCGUCACACCAUGAUGUUUUUCCUGGUCUGGAUGUCAUGCGCGAUUUUUGUCCCGUUCUUCGCUACCUCGCUCCCCAUGUUGGCUGCUGGAGAAGUUCUUUGCGGCAUCGCAUGGGGUACAUUCCAGACACUCACCACUGCGUACGCUUCGGAAGUCGUCCCCACUGUCGUUAGGCCCUACGUCACCGCAUAUGUGUGCAUGUGCUGGGGACUCGGUAUUACGGUCUCAAGUGCUGUGAUUCGUGGCGUUGCAAACAUCCAGAGCGACUGGGCCUGGCGUCUUCCCUUCGCCAUCCAGUGGGUCUGGCCCAUUCCCCUCUUCCUUGGCGUGUACUUUGCUCCCGAGUCGCCAUGGAACCAGGUGAGGCGUGGCAAGCUGGACGAUGCUCUGAAAUCGAUCCGUCGUCUCGGAUCCAAGGAAGAGUCGGAGGACGAUUUCCAGGGCAAGCUCGCGUACAUGGUCCACACUACCAAUGUCGAGCGCGCCGAGACUGGCGGAGCCUCUUUCCUCGAGUGCUUCAAGGGCACCAACUGGAGGCGCACCGAGAUAAAUAUUGUGAUCUGGUCCGCCCAGAUUCUGUCUGGUAACGCCAUUCUCGGCUACUCUGUCGUCUUCCUUGAAGCAGCUGGCUUCAGCGAGGUCCAGGCGUUCGACAUCAACAUCUCGCUUUCAGUGUGCUACCUCGUCGGCGGUGUUGUCUCUUGGUUCCUGAUGGCCCGCCUGGGUCGCGCGACCAUCUACAUGGCCGGUCUGGCAGGCAUGCUUAUGUGUCUGUUCGUUAUCGGCGGACUUGGCUGUAUCAGCAACCCAUCGAACGGCGUUUCAAUCGCCAUUGGUGUCUUGAUGAUCAUCCAGACCCUGUGGAACAUGUGUGGUGUUGGCCCCGUCUGCUACCCCAUCGUCGCCGAGACUCCCAGUGGCCGCCUCAGGUACAAGACCAUCGUCAUCGGUCGUAUCGCGUACAACGUGGUGGGAAUUAUCAGCAACACCAUCACCCCGCGCAUGCUUUCCGCCACCUCGUGGAACUGGGGCGCCAAGGCUGGUUUCUUCUACGCUGGCACCAACCUCCUCUGUCUCACCUGGUGCUGGUUCCGUCUGCCCGAGACCAAGGACAGGACUUUUGGCGAGAUUGAUCUUCUCUUCGAGAACCAUGUGCCCGCGCGCAAGUUCAAGUACACCAAGGUUGACCAAUUCUCCGCUCUUAACAACGACGCUGUGAUCCACGAGAAGAAGGACAUCGAGGAGCACGCAGAGUUCGCUUAG